GCGGAAGCAGAAGCGUUCCGAGGCCGGAAGUGCAUAGGAGGCGGACAUGGCGUCGGCGCUGCUAGCGCUGAGGACGCGGGCAGCCGUUGCAGCCUUGCUGAGUCCUCCUCCACCUACAGCUCUUGCCGUCAGAUAUGCUUCCAAGAAGACAGGUGGAAGCUCCAAAAACCUUGGUGGAAAGUCAUCAGGCAGACGCUUUGGCCUCAAGAAGAUGGAAGGUCACUAUGUUCACGCUGGCAACAUCCUUGGGACUCAGCGCCAUUUCCGCUGGCACCCAGGCGCCCAUGUAGGGCUGGGGAAGAGGAAGUGCCUGUAUGCCCUUGAGGAGGGGAUCGUCCGCUACACUAAGGAAGUCUACGUGCCCAACCCCAGGAACUCGGAGGCUGUGGAUCUGGUCACCAAGCUGCCCAAGGGCGCUGUGCUCUACAAGACUUUUGUCCAUGUGGUUCCUACCAAGCCCGAGGGCACCUUCAAACUGGUAGCUAUGCUGUGAAGUCCUGGCUCAAGCUGUUGGACAGACUGGAGCCCAGGUGACAGGAGCGGGCAGUACCAGCAGAAGUCAAGUGUUGGAAUGACCGCAAAGCCUCCCGAGGACGAGGUCUGCCUGAUGGCGACUCCGUUGGAGGCUCUCAUGUUACUGUUGGGAAACUCUCGGGAGACCUGGCCUGGGCCACCAAUAAAGUUGGUCAUUGCCUGUGCUAACUGGGGGCAAACCUGGA